AUGGUGUUGUUAUGGUUGACCUUGGCCUCGGCUUGCCUGGCCUCUACAUUGCCCGUUGUUGAUUUGGGUUAUGAACGGCAUCAAGCUCUCUCAUACAAUAGAUCCAGCGGUCUCUAUAGCUUUGAUAACAUUCGCUAUGCAGCUCCUCCCGUGGGAGACCUACGAUUCCGGGCACCGACUGCCCCCAAAGUGAAUCGUCAGCGCAUCCAAAAUGGCUCCGUUGCCCGCAUGUGCCCUCAGGCAGCCCCGCUGUGGUCAACAAAGGUUCAAACGACUUUUGCGUUGGACUAUCUGUCUGGCCAACCGUUCAAUAUGUCCACGGAUAUCUCUUCCUAUACAUACACCCCAACAAAGCAAGAUCCGGCGGUUUCGGAGGAUUGUCUUUUCCUUGAUGUGACAGUUCCUAAGAAGGUCUUUGAUCGCACCAAGGUCAAGUCAGGUCGUAAGAAUCUGGCGCCUGUUAUGGUGUGGAUCUAUGGUGGUGGAUACAUUGCUGGUGAUAAAACCAGCAAUGAUGCCCGUGGGCUGGUUCACCGGGGCACCGUUGCAGGCCAUGAGGGUAUUGUUUACGUGGCUCUAAACUACCGGUUGGGUGCUUUUGGUUGGCUUGGUGGUGAAAGCGUGAACGCCAAUGGUACUGCUAAUGCUGCCCUCCACGACCAGCGAUUUGCUCUGGAGUGGGUGCACAAGAACAUUCACUUGUUCGGUGGUGAUCCGAGUCGCAUCACUGUCAUGGGAGAAUCCGCCGGUGGAGGCUCUAUCAUGCACCAGAUCACGGCCUAUGGCGGGAAGCAAAGCCCCCCUCGUUUUCAGCAGGCAAUCAUCCAGAGCCCUGGAUGGGUACCCGUCAUUGGGGAAGAGCAGCAAGAAGAUACACUGCAACAGUUCCUAGGAUUCUUGAAUGUCAGCACCAUUGAAGAGGCCCGCACGCUGUCCUCGGACAAAGUGAUCGCCGCCAACUCGGCCCAGAUCGCAGUCAAUCCCAAGUGGGGAACAUUCACCUAUGGCCCUGCCGUGGACGGAACCUUCGUGCCUGCGAUGCCGGGUCAACUGCUACUUGAGGGCAACUUCCACCACGAUGUCAAUGUGAUGGUCGGCCAUGCGGCGGACGAAGGGUUGCUCUUCACCACCCCGGAGAGCUACAACAGCACCGGCUUCGGCACUCAACUAUCCAAUUAUGCGCCGAGUAUCCUCAAGGACGUCUUCGAAUUUGUCGAGCACAUCCUCUACCCGCCAAUCUACAACGGAACUUUCGGCUACACCGACUCGGUCGCGCGCGCGGCCCUCUUCGUCUCAGAUCUGGGCUUCCAAUGCAACACCGACUACCUCAACCGGGCGUUUAAUCAGACAUACGCCUACGCCUUCAACAUUAUCCCGGGGCUGCACGGACAAGAUGCUGCCUACACUUUCUAUAACGAGGGAAGCACCGAAGUUAGCAGCACUUCCACCAAUCCUCUUCUGACCGUGAGCAACGUCACGGUCGCCCUGGCCAUGCAGGACUACUUCCUCAGUUUCACCGAGCACGGCGUCCCGACCUCAUCUCUGGGGCCGACCAUCGAACCGUGGGGGCCGCAUGCGCAGCUCAUGAGCCUCGAGACCGAGCAGAUUCGGUCCAUUCCUGACAAAACCAGGAACGCGCGCUGUUCGUUCUGGCAACCCGUGCCAUAUGCCUCUGGAUGA